AUGGCGGCUUACAAAAAAGUGGCGGCUUGCAAAAACAGUGGCGGCUUACAAAAAAGUGGCGGCUUGGAAAAGUUUGAAGAAAAUUCUCUUAGAAAGAAGAAUGAUGAAUCAACAAGUGAUUUAAAUGGGUCAAAUAACAUAUCUCCUUGUAUUUCAGAACCAGCAUCUACUAAAAGACCAAGACUUGAAAAUGAGACUCUUGAUGAACCACUUCCGAAUUCGAGUAACAAUUUGCAAUAUGUUUCUGAUCCUGGAAUUCGCAUCCCAAUUUUACAACAUCCCAUUGAACUUCAAGAUGAGGUAAGAAGAGCAUAUAUUGAUAAAGGGCCAAUUCAACCUAUAUAUGAUUAUCCUUUUACUGAAUGUGAAGGUCAAAAGCGUAGAUUCCAAUCUUCUUGGUUUCAAAAAUAUCCUUGGCUUGAAUUUUCUAUUGAGAAACAAAGUGCAUUUUGUUUCCCUUGCUAUGUUUUUGACACUAACUCAGCACAAUUUGACACAUUCACUGUCACGGGAUUUAAAAAUUGGAAAAGAGUUAAUUGUAAAAAUUGUCCAUUCAAGAGACAUGAAGGAGAUGGGAAUUCAAGACAUAGCUUUGCCAUGCGAAAAUGGGGAGAUUUGAAAAAUCUUGAUCAGCAUAUUGAUAGAAGAUUAGAAAAACAAUCUUCUAAGCAAAUUGAGCAAAAUCGGUUGCUCUUAAAGGUGUCCAUAGAAAGUGUGAAGUUUCUUGCUAUGCAAGGUUGUGCUUUUAGGGGUCAUGAUGAAUCAAUUGCCUCUAAAAACCGUGGAAAUUAUUUGGAAUUGGUAGCUUUGUUGGGAAGAAUGAAUCCAGAAAUUGGUAGUACUUUGGAAAAAGCAUCUAAAAAUGCAAAGUACACAUCACCAGAAAUUCAAAGAGAGAUUUUGAAAAUUAUUGCUGAUAUUGUGAGGGAUAAAAUUCGUGCAGAAAUUGGAGAAGCCAAGUUUUGUAUCCUCGUUGAUGAUGCAAUUGAUGAGUCAAGUAAAGAACAAAUGGCUAUCAUUUUAAGAUAUGUUGAUCGGGAUGGGUUCAUUAGAGAACGAUUUUUUGAAGUUCACGUUGAAAAUACAAGUGUAUUAACUUUAAAAAAAGAGAUAUGCAAUGUAUUCAACCAAUACAAUCUGUUAACUGAAAAUCUAAGGGGGCAAGGCUAUGAUGGCGCAAGUAAUAUGCGUGGGGAAUGGAAUGGACUCCAGGCUUUAUUUCUUAAAGAUUCUCCACAUGCUUAUUAUAUUCAUUGUUUUGCUCAUAGACUACAACUUGCUUUAGUUGCAGUUUCUAAAGAGGUGCAUGAUGUGUGGUGUUUCUUUUCAACAUUAACUUCGGCUAUUAAUUUUGUUGGUUCAUCUUCUUAUAAACGUCAGUUUCAAUUGAAAUCUAUCCGAAAAGCUGAAAUUAAUGAUUUGAUAAAAUUGGGAGAAAUUGACACUGGUACUGGAUCUAAUCAAGAUUGUUCUUUGGUACGAGCUGGAGCUACUCGUUGGAGUUCACAUUUCAACUCUGUUAGGAGAUUCAUUAGUUUGUUUGGUUCAAUGAGUACACUUCUUCAAGAUCUUGUCGACAAAGGUCCCAAUAGUAACAUUCGAGGAGAGGCUAAAGGUUUGUACUUGGAUAUAAAAUCAUUUGACUUUGUAUUUGUAUUAUUUCUGAUGCAUGAAGUUUUGGGAAUAUCAGAUAAGUUGUGUCAGACAUUACAGAAGAAUGACAUAGAUAUUUUGAAUGCUAUAAAUUUGGUUUCUACUACUAGACUAAAUCUUCAACAGAUCCGAGAUGAUAGAUGGGAAGGAUUUCUUUGGAGUGUGUUGAAGUUUUGUGAAAGCAAUGAUGUUGAGGUGCUAGACUUUGAUGAUUGCUACACACGAGGUACAAAACGUUCUUGCCAGCAGAAAAACAAUAUAACAGUCCAUGAUCACUAUCAUUUUGAAAUAUUUAAUGCAGUAAUAGAUUUUCAGUUGAUGGAAUUGAAUGAAAGAUUUCCAGAGGGCACAAUAGAACUUCUUACUCUCAGUAAUGCUUUGAGUCCCGUUGAUGGAUUCAAAUCAUUUUCUUUGCCUGACAUUUGUUCUCUUGUUGAUAAAUUUUACUACUAUGAUUUCAAUCUAGAAGAAAGAGGAGAUUUGGAGAGAGAAUUAGAUCAUUAUAAAUUUGAUAUACCGCGUCAUGCGCAGUUUCAGAAUCUUAAUUCUUUGCAUCAUUUGUGCCAAACAUUGGCCAGAACGACAAAGUCAGUUAUCUAUCCUUUGAUUGAUAGGUUGGUUCGAUUGGUUUUGACUCUUCCAGUUUCUACAGCAACUACAGAACGAGCCUUUUCAGGGAUGAAACUCAUUAAGACGCCACUUCGUAAUAAAAUGGAAAAUGACCUUAUGGCCAAUACCAUGGUUGUUUAUAUAGAGAGGGAUAUUGCUUCAGGUAUUGAUACAGAAUUUAUCAUAAACAAGUUUGAUGUAUUGAAAAAUCGCAAAAUACGGCUUAAAUAA